AUGGCUCAAGAGGCCCUCACACUACUCCAACGAGCCAACAUAGGACUUAUAGCAGACUCAGACCACGCCCCCACAACAGUACAAAUCCAGUCCCCCCUACAUAAACCCACUGAACGGCAAUGGAAGUUAAAUGAAAACCUAUUGCUCGACCUAGCGGACAAGGAACAAGCCAG